UUUGCAGUUGUUUAUACCAUGGCGUGUGGUGGACAGCGUUGGGAAUAAUCAUAUUGUAUUUAACACGAAUUUAUUGUAGAUAUCUACACUCUAUCACCAUUUUAGUGUACACUAUAGAAUAACUGGAUAAAAUAAAAAUGGCACCGAAUUUUGGCACUGAAAUGUCAGCACCUAUCGAUGCAGAAGAGAGUUACGAAAAGCUGAUACCACCACAAGCCGCGCCAAGGAAAUACAAGUAUUUGUACGCCAAUAUGAUAUAUUUUGCAUAUUGGCACAUCGCCGGACUUUACGGUAUUUACCUGGCCAUCACUUCAGCAAAAUGGGCAACCAUUAUUUUAGCUUAUUUAUUAUUCGUAGCGGGAGACAUUGGCGUUACAGCUGGAGCCCACAGACUGUGGGCUCACAAGAGUUACAAAGCGAAACUACCUUUACAAAUCCUCUUGAUGCUGUUCAGCACAAUGGCUUUUCAAAAUACGGUUAUAACUUGGGUGAAGGACCACCGCAUGCAUCACAAAUACAGUGACACUGACGCCGAUCCUCAUAACGCUACUAGGGGUUUUUUCUAUUCCCAUGUAGGUUGGUUGAUGGUAAAGAGACACCCUGAGGCUAUUAAGCGAGGAAAAUCUCUGGACAUGUCUGACAUCUACAAUAACCCAGUUUUGAAGUUCCAGAAAAAAUACGCCAUUCCGUUGGUUACUACUAUCGCCUUUGUGCUCCCAACAAUAAUUCCAAUGUAUUUUUGGGACGAAAGUUUUAAUGUUGCUUGGCACAUGACCAUGCUGAAAUAUAUCUUCGGUCUGAACGCUGCAUUUCUAGUCAACAGCGUUGCUCAUAUGUGGGGGUAUAAACCUUAUGACAAAAACAUAGCGCCAACACAGAGUUACAUAGCAACAUUCGCCACAUUAGGCGAGGGUUUCCACAACUACCAUCACGUGUUCCCUUGGGAUUAUCGUGCGUCAGAACUUGGAGACAAUUAUUUAAAUUUUACGACUAAGUUCAUAGAUUUCUUCGCUUGGAUUGGCUGGGCAUAUGAUUUGAAAGCGGCUCCUGAAGAUCUGGUUCAGAAAAGGAUUGAGAGAACUGGCGACGGUACUAAACUUUAGGGUUGGAGUGAUAAGAACAUGAAAGAUCAUGUGAAAUCUACAGAUGUACUUCAUACCAAGGAUAAAUAACCCAUAGUAAUUUAAGUAACACAUAUGAAUAUACAAAAAUAUGAAGAAAUAGUUUUGGGUAAGGCAAGACUUUAUUCACAUUGAGCCAGUGUAAUAAUUUGAAAAUAUAUGUCUGUGAUUUUUUAUGAUACCUUUCCCAUUUGAUCGUAAGGCGCGAACUAAUUGCGCAGUGCGACCGCGAGAAAUUCUUUACGGAAAAUGUAUAAAAUGUUGAAGUUUCGAUUAAAAAUAAAAUAAACUGAUUUAGAAAUAAAAAAAAAAUGUUUUUUCUGAUGACAUUAUAUUUUUUUUAAAUAUAAAAGAAACUUGAAACCUGAAACCUUAUGUUGCAAAAUCCUCCAGUCGAGUAAAAGGUACAACUUUUAAUCCAGGAUAUAAAGGAAUACCGUAGAAAUGACAAAAUAUAAUAUUUUUCUUUCCGCCGGCACUUGUGCCUCCCCAACUAUCGCCAUAACUACAAUCCGACCAUACGUUUGUUGUGUUUCUGCUUUCCUAAUUUCCUAAUGUUUCUGCUUUUAUGUAAUAAACUUAUGAUGGUAAUUUAAAAAUCAA